AUGUGGUACUUAUGGAAUCGGAGAAACGAGAUGAUCUUCAAUGGCAAGGAGGUUUACCACCCUGUUAUUGUUGAGCGUACCCACCGCCUUGCGGCUGACAGCAGCUCUUACAUGAAGAGGAUAUACAGAGGGAUCAAAAGGCAUCCAUGGCGCAACUCCAAAGUUUGGAAAGCACCACCGAAAUGCAUUAUCAAGCUCAAUUGUGAUGCUUCGUUGGGUGUUGAAGGUUGGGUAGGAAUGGGGGUGAUUGCUAGAGACUGGAAGGGGGACACCCUUUUUGCUGUGACCAGGAGAGUGAGAGCCCAUUGGUCUCCAAUUAUUGCAGAAGGGAAAGCGAUUGAGUUAGCAUUACAAAUUGCAAAGCGCUAUGGCUUGACAGAGAUUAUAAUCGAAUCGGAUAGCCAAGUCCUCCCGCUUAUCCAAAGCAUCGAUCUUCUUCAUGGACCUUGA